UAUAUAUCUUCACAGUUCCACACCACUAGUGAAUAUGAAUCAUAGAAAUUACCUCAUAUUUCAGACCCAAAAAAAAGGAAAAUCAAUAACCCUUGCUUUCAGUACACUGACAUCAAACUCGAAUCCUCCAUAUAUAGUGCUCGAAGCAGCAGAGAUCUAGACAAAGAGAGAUGGCUCAAUAUGGCGGAGGAAGAAGAUGGUCUCUUGAAGGAAUGACUGCUCUCGUCACUGGUGGAACCAAAGGGAUUGGGUAUGCAAUUGUUGAGGAAUUGGCCGGAUUAGGUGCAAGCGUACAUACUUGUUCUCGGAAUGAAACCCAGCUCAAUGAAUGCUUGAGUCAAUGGAAGAAGAAGGGUUUUCAUCAAGUCACUGGUUCAGUAUGUGAUGUGGUCUCAAAAAUCCAGAGAGAGGAACUAAUACAGAAGGUCUCAUCACUGUUUCAUGGGAAACUUAAUAUCCUUAUAAACAACGUGGGAACUACUAAUGCAAAGCCAACAACUGAGUGCACAGCCGAAGACUACUCAUUUAUCAUGAGUACCAAUCUUGAAUCUGCUUACACUAUGUGCCAACUAGCACAUCCUCUUCUCAAAACUUCAGGAGCUGGUAACAUUAUUUUUCUGUCUUCUGUUGCUGGUGUGGUAUCAGUUGGGCAGGUUGCGAGUGUAUAUGGUGCAACUAAAGGAGCAAUGAAUCAAUUGGCCAAAACUUUGGCUUGUGAGUGGGCAAAAGACAAGAUUAGGAUUAAUAGUGUUGCACCUUGGGUCACCAGAACUCCUCUUGCUGAAUAUAUUUUGAAUGACGAAAAGUUAAUGGAGGCUGUCAUCUCUCGAACCCCAUUAGGACGUAUAGGAGAGCCUGAAGAAGUGUCUGCCUUGGUGGCAUUUCUAUGCCUUCCUGUAGCCUCAUACAUAACAGGGCAGACUAUUUGCGUUGAUGGAGGGAUAACUAUCAAUGGCUUCCAGUUUCAAGCAUAAUGAAAUUAGAUUUGCUCAUGCAUAUCUUUAUAUAUAAAGCCAAGGCCAAAGUACUGUUUAUAGUUGGGCAAAUUUUUAAACUUCUGAUUUUGUCCUUAGACAAUUUGAAUAAUACCCAACAAAUCAUCUGGCCUUUUAUUAUUAUUAUUAUUAUUAUUAUUAUUAUUAUUAUUAUUAUUAUUAUU